AUGUCGGUCAAGCUCACGUUCGUCUCUGCUGGUGACGGGGGCGGUAUCAGCAGGAGUUGCUCCUUCACAGGAUUCAGCACUAUGCAAAGCAGAAAACUAGCAAAGUCUCUCGGCAGAAGUUCGGUGAGAUCGAGAAUGUCACUGAGAUCCCCCAAGGCUUAUUCUUCUCUGCAGAAGGGGGAAGUCAUCUGGGAUCCAAAACCACUUCAGGUGAAGAAAAUUUUUGAAGCUUUGAAGAAAGGACUUAAUGAAUACUUGGAAGCACAUCAGGCUGAGUUGGAUUAUCUCUCUGGUUGUCACAAAGAUACAAAGAGGAAUUCCAGACUGGCCUUCUAUUAUGACCUGGAUAAGCAAAUUCGCUCUGUGGAGAGAUACAUCAGAAAACUGGAGUUUCACAUAAGCAAGGUAGAAGAGCUGUAUGAAGCUUAUUGUAUCCAGUGCAGGCUGCGAGAUGGGGCUGCUAACAUGAAGCAAGCCUUUUCCUUGUCUCCUUCCACCAAAGCCUCCAGAGAGAGCCUAGUGGAGCUUUAUAAGAACUUCCAAGGGUGCACAGAGGAUAUGUGCUUUAUAGAAGGGGCACUGGAGGUCCAUUUGGGAGAGUUUCACUUGAAGAUGAAAGGACUGGUUGGCUUUGCACGUCUCUGCCCGGGGGACCAAUAUGAGGUGUUUGUGCGCCUGGGACGCCAAAAAUGGAAGCUGAAAGGCAAGAUUGAGACAGAUGACAGCCAAACAUGGGAUGAGGAAGAAAAGAUUUUUAUACCCAAUCUGCAUGAGAAGUUUGAAAUCAAGGUAACAGAACUGCGAGGACUAGCCACUAUUCUGGUUGGUGUGGUGACAUGUGACAGCAUAAACUUCUUUACAACAAAACCUCAGGCAAUCAUUGUGGAUAUAACUGAGCUGGGCACCAUCAAGCUACAACUGGAGGUUCUCUGGAACCCCUUUGACACAGACAACCUGUUUUUGUCACCUGGAACCACUGCCAAGUUUUCUGUGGGUAGCAGGAAAAGCUCUUUAUACAACUGGACCCCACCAAAUACUCCCAGCUUCAGAGAGAAAUAUUACCUGUCUGCUUUGCACCAGCGCCACAAUGAAGGAGAUGUCAGAGAGGAAGGCCAGCCUCCCAGUAUCCUGAGCUACCUGGCUGCCUGCGACUUUGGUGGGCAGCCGAGGAGCAAAGGUCCCAGCACCGCGGGGACAAGCGAGGUGGACUCGCUCAGCUCGGAGGAUCAGAAGGGGACAGAAUCCAGGAACACGACUCCAGCCCUCGGCCGCAGGACGUUGCCCUUGGUAAUUAUUCAGGAGACCAGUGCAGAAGAACGACAGCGUCCUCUUCCAAAUCACACGACUCUAGAUAUACUGAAGAAGACUCCCUGUGUAGAUGGAUUUCCAAAUACCCCUUCUAGCUUUGUGAUUCGUGGCAAAGACAGUAGAGAUUCUGUCAGCCAGACCAGAAAUCAUUGUUUGACAGAGCAAGAAAAUGUCAGCCAGAGAAGCCUGAAUGCUGAAAAUGACCUAAAAGUAGAUGGAUGUGCCAAGUCAAUCGAUAAGACUCUCCAAGAAGUAUUAAAUUUGCUGAAAUUCUGGGAUAUGAGGCAAGCUCAACUGGAGAAAUUGGAAUACCAGGUGUUGUCUAUGAGGGAUAAAUUAAAGCUCAAGACACUUGCUCACAAACAUUCAUCUAUGGAAAGUUUAAUGGUGGAGACAGUGCUGGAAAGUUUUGACUUUCUGAAUACUGACUGCAGUGCAGAUGAACUGUCAUUAUUUGGAAGUGUAAGAACAGCCAGCAUCAGCACAUACAAUGACAACACGUUGCACUCCCUCAGCAGUGACAUUAAGACAGAAGCAAGAGAUGUGACCACUGGUGAUGACAGCCUAGACGCACUUCUGAUAACCCAUCUAAAGCUGUGCAAAUCCCUUCUGCAAAAGCUGAGGUCGCCCAGCGUAGCCCAGAUUGUCCGGGAGAAGCUUUUGGAAGAAGUGUCACAGCAGACACAAGUCCUGGGGGAAGUCUCGGAGGGGUCUGUGGAAGAGAUAAUUCAGAAGACUAAAAAGAAAAAGCAUUUUCUGAAAAUCUGGAGUGACAUUGCAGAGCCUGGCAGCGUCCUGUGUGCUUCAGUAGAGAGGUUCCGUCAUGCCCUGAAGUACUUGCUGACGCUCAAAGUGAAGGAAAGAUAUCCCGGGCAAUUAGAAGCAGUGUUGCAGAGUUUGCUGGAGCAGAUUGUCACCUGCGAUGGGUUGCUGCCCUCUCCGUACCUCCAAACAGAACCAGUGACUUUAUUCCAGUUCUGUAACUACCUGGAGAAGCACCACAUUACCAGCCUGGAGAAACACUUAGGGAAACUUGCUAAAGAAGUGAUGCUGAUGGAGGAGCUGCAGUGCCCGGGGCGCCUGCGGACUCUGAAGAAGCUGAAGGGGAAGCGGCUGAACAGGCUGCAGCCGCUGCCGCGCACCCUGCGGCUCCUCGGGCUGCUCCAGCUGGACGACAACCACCGCGUGAGCAAGGCGGCCACGUCCUGCCUCUGCCGGCUCGCAGCCAACAGGAGCUUACGGGAAAAGGCUCUGCUCUUUUACACUGGUGUUUUAGCUGACUGUGAUGCAAGGCUUCAGCAAGCUGCGUGUUUGGCCCUCAAAAACCUCAGAGGCAUAGAAAGCAUUGAGGAGGUUGCCCAUCUGUGCCAAUCUGAAGUAGAAGAAGUUCGAAAUGCAGCCAGGGAAACAACACUGUCAUUUGGUGAAAAGGGCCGCCAGGCCUUUGAGAAGAUGGACAGGAUUUGCUGUGAAUUAAGAGACACUGUACAUCAAGAGGCUGAAAUUGAAAUCACAGUGUUUUAGUAGUGGAAUAUGAGGAGUUAAAUCACAUUGUCUCCAAGGCUGCCAGCUGUUGGUACCUGAAGAUCUUAGUUUGUUGUUUACACGUGUGGUUUGCUUACACUCUGUAUAUGCACUCUGCAUUUACAGAGUGCAGCUUUCCAGAAUGGGCAGUGUGAAACCUAGACUAAGUAAGGUGGAAUCUCRGUCUUUUUCUCUGUCAGCACUGGUGAAAUCUCAAGUGCUGGAAGAACACAAGAUCUCCUGGAAUACAGAACCAGGUUGUCACUUGAGUUAAAUCAUUGGAAAUGUCUUCUCCUGCUCAAGCUGUAAGUCAAAUCUGAUCCUUCUUCCGAAGGAUUUUAUUAAUUUGUCAUGUCUCAGAAAGGAAUGAAACGAUAAUUCUCCAGCUUCCAGAGCAYAACAGUUCAUCUAGAAACUUGUCUAGUGAACUCAAAUGUUGGAUGUUACUGCCAGAUGCCAAAAUGCACAACGCUUACGUAAUGCAUAAUGAGCCCCAAAAAUGCUUGUAAGGAUUUGUAAUCGCUCUUUAAAUGCAGUGAAAGCUGGUUUCAGUUAGUGCAGAAAUCUUAAGAGACUUUGGUUCCAGAAACAGUUCAUUGUAUCACGUGAGUGACUGAGAAUUCGUUGGGUGGCAGAGGCGCUGCGGACGUGAGCGAGCCCUGGCUGCUUCCAUGCUGGGAUCAGUCAGUUCUGCUUGCAGCCCAGCAGCCACUGCUGUCAGCAGCCACAUCCAUCAGGAUCUGGCGAGUGGCACCUACCUUUUCUGUACAAUUUAUUUUCAGAAGGAAGGUCUGUUACUUCAGCAGCUCCUCUUGUUUGUAAACAUCACAACUUGGGCAAGUUUCAGGCAAGGACUGGUUAGGGCAAAGCAGAGUGCAGCCUGAGCAGUUUGCAACAGGAAGCUUUGUAUUUUUCCUCAGCUGUAUCUGCCGUGUAUAGAUCUGACUGGCAUGGGGCCAGACCUGUGUAAGUUUUUGCCUUUUUAAUGUAUAUUUUAUCCAUGUAGUCAUUAGCCGGGAUUUCUC